AUCUGUUGACAUGUCGCGCUUGCAAUUUGUGAUUGUAGCUCGGCUACUGCCAUAUUGCAGCGACCAGCGAGUGACGUAUGAGUAGCUUCAGCACCUCGUUUCGGACUGAAUCAUGAUUAGAAAACGUCGGCCAACAGAGGCCCAAGUGGCUGAGUCUGAUACAGGAAACGUUCAAUUGUCAUGGAACGAUUUCCAGUCUCUCCACAAGCAGCUCCGCCUAAAACAAAAGGAGAUGUCGGAUUUGUGGAAGUCAUACAAAGCUGGAGCAUACACAGUACCUGCCGAGCUAGUCAGCGCUGCUACUACCCAGGAUGAACGUCGCGACGAUAUCCUUGCAAGCGACAACGAGGUGACGCUUGGCGACCAAUCUGAUCAUCAAUCUCAAAAGACAACCGCUACGCCGCCUACGUUAACCCGCGGGGGACGCCCUGAUACUUCCGGACGCUUUCCAAGCGCUGCUGCAACAGCUAAACGCAAUACCGGUGCUGACAUCCAGCAGUCCCACGACCGCCAUCCUCAACGCCAGCACGACAUCCCAGCAGCAGCCAUCACCACCUCUGAUCGCGUCCACCUUCCGCCUAAACCCCCGGCGACAGCAGCAGCCCACACCACAAUGGAGGCCCCAGCAUCCCCCGGAUCACCCGAGGUGGUGGAGGUGCUAGAGGUGGUGCAGCAGGGGCGGCGGAACAAGGGUUUAGGCCGCUUGCGGAGCAGGGAAGGGCAGCGGCAACGACAGCAACAGCAGCAGCAAGGUCCCAGCGGUUCUGCCGGCGGUGGCAGAGAUGCCGCCAGCAAGUCCUCUCCCGUCGUGUUGGACCUCACCCUUGAAGAUGAGGAGGAGGAGGAGGGGGAGAGGGCGGCAGCAGGCUCAUUGGAGGUGGCGGUGGCGGCGCAGGUGGCGGCCCCCGAGCAAGUGGCCCUCGGGACGGCGAACUGCACUCCGCAUAGCGACAUGUGCCCCCCGGCCCCACUGCUGCAGCAGCAGCAGCCGUCGCCACAGCAGCAGCCUUCCACAGGGGCACAGCCGCCUCCGCAGGCUCAGCAGCAGCAGGAGGAGGAAGAGGUGAAGGAGGCUGUUUGCAGGCAGGCGGAGCAGGCGGUGAUGCAGCCAGUGCAGGUGGGCGGGGCAGACGGCAGGGCGGCAGAGGUGGCUGCUGCGGAGGCGGAGGCAGAGGUGGGUGCCGCCGAGGGACCGCCAGCAGUGACCUCCGUAGCAGCAUCUGGGCGGGGAUCCUCAUCGCCUGCAGCGGCAGCGGUGACUGCAGCAGCGGCGAAUGCUGCUCCUCCUCCUCCAGCUGCUGCUGCUGCUGCUGCUGAGGCUACGGACGGCUCCGCGGUUCCCUGUCCGCGAGGCGCCCCCAGCAACGCUGACAGCGGUGGUGGCCCCAUGGGGACUGCUGCUGGUGGGGGUGGGGGCGGUGGCAUCCGGGCGGCGGCUCGGCGGCUGUUCGCUGCGGCUGCCGGCGUGCUGAGGCGGCCGCAGCAGGGGAAGCAGCAGCGGGCGGGCACCGCCACCUGCUCCCCCGCUGCUGCCGCACCUGGAGCUGCCGUGUGCAGCAGCAGCACAGCGGCUGCUGGGGGUGCUGCGGGGGUUACGGCGGCUUGUGAUGGCGACUCACGGGGUGCUGCAGGAGCCGCGGCAGUAGCAGCUGAGGCUGGGGUAGCAGCAUUUGGAGGAGGAGACGCAGGAGGAGAAGGAGCAGCGGCAGUGCGGUUGGAGACGGAAGCAGAGGACACCUUGGCCCCGGCAGCAGUAAUCCUCCCAAUUCCACCUCCUAAAGCCGCCGGUCCCUGCUGCCCCGGUCCCUGUCCUCCGGCUCCCCCCCAACAGCAGCAGCAGCCACCACCGGGCGCAUGUGGGGGCGCAGCAGCAGCCUACAAGCGCCUCCAGGGGGUCGGCACUGCUGCCGGCGCACCCUGGCAGGACAUGAACGCCCCGCCUGCGAGCAGCCCGCAUGCAGAGAGCCCGAUUGAGGAGCUGGAGGAGGAGGAGGAAGGGGCUUCGGUUGCUGGGACAGCUG